AUGCAAAGUGAUUCGUCAUCGCUUGAAACGCUCAAAAAUAGUUUAUUGAGCGCCGUUGAUGCUGAUUAUAAUGUUACAAAUCCUGAACUUGUCUUGGAUAUUAUUUCUCAAUUAGAAAAAAUUCAAAUAACUAGAGAUCAAUUACAAACAACUCGUCUUGGUCGAGAAAUAAAUACAAUUCGACAAAAAAUUGAUGCACGAAAAAAAAGUGCUAAAUCAACAGCAGAUCAUCCACAAUCUAUAAUUGAAAUAGCUCAACGUGCUAAAAAACUUUUACGAUCAUGGCAAGGUUUACUUAAUACAUCACAAACUGAUAGUAAUAGUCCCUUAUCAUCAUCUAUUCCACCGUUAUCAUCAUCAUCAUCAUCAUCUAUUCCUAUAACAAAUGGUGAAAUUUAUGAAUCAAAAUCUCCUCCAUCAGACAAACCUCGUUUAAUACUUAAAGUUAAAAUAAAUCCAUCAAUAACAACAAAUAGUAAUAAUAAUGAUAUUAAUAAUACAACACAAAUAAAACGUAAACAUGAUUCUGAAAUAAAUGGUUUAUCAACUAAACGACGAAAAGCUCAAAUUGAUAUACCAAUAACAUCACCACCAGCACCAUCAUCAUCAUCAUCAUCAAUAUCAUCACCUAUUAAUUUAAUUGAAUCAAUAAGUAGUUUACCUAGAUUAAAAACAACUCAACAAUUACUUAUGGAAAUGCAAAUGAAUCAACCUGAUGUUUUAUCAACACAAACACCAACAGUUAAUGCUAUUUUACAAAAUCAAAUUAUUGAUGAAAGUUUACAUGAAAAAGGAAAAGUUGAUUAUUCAGCGUUACAUCAUGGAAGAGAUAUAACGAAUUCAAAUAUCAAUACUAAUUAUCAAAAACAAUUAUCAUUUUCUACUCUUCCAAAUGUUAUAUCUCCUAGCAAUUCAACAUUAUCAACCGGUUCAUCAUCAAAACGUCCACCAGGAGGACUUGUACGACGUCCAUCAUCAACAAAUACAAAUUGGGAAAAUGGUAGUAGUGCUGGUGGUUCACCUGUUUCUCCAUCAUCAUCAUCAUCAUCAUCGAUAAUAAGUACGACAUCUUGGCCUCUUUCUACAAACAUUCCAGAACCACCAUCAUCUAUACCUGUCAUUCCAAAAAAGAAACGUCGAAGAAAAGAUAAAAAUUUAUCAUCACCAUCACAACAACAACAACAAAUUCAAACAUUUAAUAUCGAACAGUCAACACCAUUAUCACCUGAUAUGUCAAUAAUAUGUUCAUCAUAUAAUACAGUUGCUGAACUUGUUGAAGCUCAUCGUAAACGUAUAUUAGCUGAACAUGAUAAAAGAGAAUUAGAAGCAAGACCUGAUUUAUUAUUAGCACCUAUUGAACAACUUGCUUUUGUUUAUGAACGUGAAAGGACUAAAGAAUUAAAUAUAAAAUCUGAAUCAAAACAAAUAUCAUUGACAACAGUUGAUAAACUUGAUCAACCAUUUGGUCUUAUUGCUUUACCAUUUAUUGAUUGUCCACUUGACUUUGAUCUCGUACUUGAUGAACUAGUCGUACAACAACCGACGAUGGAUAUGUAG